AUGGCCGGAGAAAAAGGAACAGAGAUUCGAGAUGAUAAACCAACGAACGCAUUAUCAACUAACAAUUUAAAUCAACACCACAUGGCUGUUACACUUUUUGAGCACACUGUUUAUUUGCUACGCAUCCAGUUGGAUUGUUCUUCCCAAUUGAAGACUGAAUUAACUUCAACUGGUUGUAAUCUCGCUCAAGAUGUGAAUGUUUGGAUUGACCUGAAUGAUGAUGGAAAAUUUGAUGAAUCAGAAAUCGGAGCUCCUUAUCGUUGGCCGGUAACUAGUUACAUGGCAGAAGGCAUCUAUGAUAUACAAAUAUACGUACCAUUGAUCGAUGGCAGAUACAUAAGAAAUGGACCACAUCGAAUGCGUAUUUCUGUUGUGCCGAGUAAUUAUUAUCGAAGUACUUGUGUCGAUUAUGACUACAACGAGUCACGAGAAUAUAUGGUCACUAUUAUUCCAAGAAUGAAAUAUUCUUCACUCGACGCUACGCCUACUUCUAUGGUACCACACAACGUGCCAUGUUCUCCUGAUGUUGGUAAAGUCGUUCUUGUUGUAAUGGCUGGUGAACAUCGAACACAAAUUCGGGAUGACCAAUCAACAAGAACUGCAUUGACCAGCAACACUCGGAAUUAUCAACACCUAGCUAUUGUACUAUAUGAAGAUACUGUCUAUUUGCUACGCAUCCAAUUUGAAUGCACUGGAUCACGAAGCGGAGAUUCUGUUGGAAAUAACUGUAACCUUCCUCAUGAUGUGGCUGCCUGGAUUGAUCUAAACGAUGAUGGUAGCUUUAGUGAUAUAGAAAAUGCAGCUCCUUAUCGCUGGCCACUCACUAGUUAUAUACCACAAGGCAUCUAUGAUCUACAAAUAUAUGUACCUAAUAUUGAUGGAACGAAGACGAAAACUGGACCACAUCUCGAUAUCGGAGGUCCAUAUUUAACGUUAAGUGAUUCAGUUUGUUCUCAAACUCAUGGUAAAAUCGUACUUGUUAUAAUGGCUGGUGAGAAAGGGUCACACAUUCGAGAUGAUACACCAAUAAAUACUGUCAUCAGAGAGGAUCAAAAUCGACACCAUCUGGCUGUUACUCUAUAUGAAAAUACCAUCUAUCGAAUACGUAUUCAAUUGGAUUGCGACCAAAGCUCCAGUAGAGCUUCGUUUAAGAUCCAGUGCAAUCUUGCUUACGACGUGAAUGUCUAUAUUGACCUAAACAAUGACGGAAGAUUUGAUGAAUCAGAAAGUCGUGUUCCUCAUCGGUGGCCACUACGUAGUACAAUGACAUUAGGCAUUUAUGACUUGGAAAUUCCUAUACCUAGUACCGAUGGACUGACUACGAAAGGUGGAUCACAUAUCAUGCGCAUUGUUGUGAAAUCAAGUGAAGAAUAUAACAGAAAAUGUGGCAGAUAUGACUACAGUGAAACCCGAGAGUACACAGUCGAUAUUAUUCCAAAAGACACGUCAAAGGAAAUUCCAAGGGACCCAUAUGGUGGAGGUAAUAUGCUUUUCUAAUUACUCAAAAGAAGCUUUCAACCACAUUAGAAAUGUACUACUCUUGGAACCUAAGAUCGAACGAGUUAACUGUUAUCAUGAUUUCUGUUUUCAACCAUCAAUAAGAUUUUAAUAAGUCCAAUAGCACAGACUUGUGACAACAGAAUUAUGAAAGCGAAAAAGAUCAUUGAAUAAAAAAAUCAUGAAAUUUCAACAGACAUCGAAAUAUCUUUCAUUUUAUUGGCCUUGAAACAUUUCUCGGUAAUGAAAAGGAGAAAUGCUCUAUACAUCUUGCUAUAAACAAAAAUAAGUUUCUUGAAGCGCACGAUUUUUAUUGUUAAGAUAUCAAUCAAGCUAGUUUCAGUCUCUCGUAUGCACACCUACAAUGGUUCCAUCACGUUCCUUUAUUCUUUAUU